GAGCUCCAAUCGCAUUGUCCGAAAAGAUUUUCAUUAAGUGACACCUUAAGAUGUUCAACAUAGUUGCGCUUCUGGCGCUCGUCAUAAGUGCCUGUCUAGCCACUCCAUUCGGUACGAGUGCACGUGAGUUCACAUCGCAUAGACUACCUAACACAACCAUUCCAACACAUUACGAGCUGUAUCUUGAUACGAACGUUCACAUCGGAGAGUUCGAGUAUACCGGUAAUCUACAAAUUAGCAUCACGGUUCUCGAGAGCACCAAACAGAUAGUGCUUCACAGCAUUCGAAGUGUGAUUAAUCGUUUGGAACUUCGUAAUAGUAAUGAGCAAUCGGUGGCAAUUUAUAAUUUUGAUUUUGAUGCUGAUAAAGAAUUCCUGCUUAUCAACUGCAAAGAAGUACUGCCUAUUGGUACAACAUACAAAAUAUAUAUCGAUUUCACCAAUAGUUUGGAUCGCGAUGAUACGGUUGGAUUCUAUCGGUCGUACUACGAAAAUGCGGAAGGAAUAACCAAGUAUUUGGCUUUAACGCAAUUUGAGCCUUGCGAUGCAAGGUCAGCUUUUCCCUGCUAUGAUGAACCUGGAAUUAAGGCUACAUUUAAUAUUAAAAUUGCUUGCGGUGUAGAUUACCACGCAAGAUCUAAUUCUCCUGCUCUAGGGAUAACUAUUUUGCCAGAUGGUAAGAAACUAACAACCUUCCAAACAACACCCCGAAUGCAGACCUACUUGGUGGCUUUCCUGGUAUCGGACUACGUAAUCGAACGGCAGGUUAUUAACGAACCUAAACAGUUGGCCGUGUCGACUCUGGCUCGUCCAACAGCCAAGCACCUUCUGACCUAUUCCGUAGAAGCCUCUGUUAAGUUCAUACGUGAACUGGAAAUUUACUUCAACCAUAGCUAUGAGAUGUCCAAAAUAGACAACGUUGCCGUCAACAACAACCACUUCUGGGCAGGUGCGAUGGAAAACUGGGGUCUAGUGACUUACCGAGAGUCUACUAUUUUGUUCGAUCCUGAAACUCAGGGUGAAAGUAUGCAGCUGAGUGUGGUAGGAAUCGUUGGUCAUGAAUAUACGCAUCAGUUCUUCGGAAAUCUCCUAGCACCGAAAUGGUGGUCUUACUUGUGGUUGAACGAAGGGUUUGCACGAUUGUAUCAAUAUUACGUGUCUGAAUAUAGUCAUCCAGAGCUGAAUAUGCGAGAACGAUUCAGUGGCGUCCGAGAGACAGCUUUGAACACCGAUGCCAAUCCUACAGUUCGCCCAAUGACUCAUUACGUAGAGACACCGAGUGAAAUUAACACUCUCUUCGACAACAUCGCUUAUGCCAAAUCUGCUAGCGUUCUCCGCAUGAUGAACUAUGCCCUUUCUGAAAGCACAUUCCAAAAAGGUUUGAGAUACUACAUUCAACAAAACAAAGACCACGGAGUGGUGACCGAACAGGAUCUAUUCGAUAGUUUAGCACAAGCAGUGAAGGAGGAUGAAAUGCUUCCGCCCAGUAUAACAAUACAUGAAGUGUUUAGCUCGUGGUCAAAUCAGCCUGGUGCACCUUUGGUCAACGUCAGACGGAUUGGGGAUACGAAUAUGUUCUCCUUCAGUCAAGAGCGGUUUUAUAGAGAACCCCAAGAGGUCCCUGGUGAAGAAUCCUGGUGGAUUCCAAUUACCUAUUUCACACCAAGUAGUGAAGGAAAAUACAACUCUAGCGCCGCUUUCUGGAUGCCGCCAAACCUCCAGGAAGUGAGCUACGAAAUAGAAUUACAAGAAGGAGAUUUUGUGCUGAUUAAUCCUCUAGCCAGGGGUUAUUAUCGAGUAAAUUACGACUCACAAUCCUGGGAGAACGUCAUCUACAAUCUAUACGAAAAUGCCGAUGCCAUCGACAAUCUGUCAAAAUCGCAGCUGAUCGAUGAUUCUAUGAAUCUUGCCCAUGCUGGUAAACUAGACUACUAUACAGCCUUCAAAAUAUUUGACUACCUGCAGUAUGAGACUGAUUAUAUCCCCUGGGCGACAGCUGCAUCUACUUUGAAAUUCUUUCACCGAAUGUUGCGACACGACCAAGAAUCGUUGAAUAAUCUAGAAAAAUAUGCGGCGCAGCUUGCAGGCAACCUACUUUCAGUGCACGGUAUCAAUUCCGUCAAAGGAGAAUCAGCCAAUGCUGCAGAUAGCCGAUUGAUAGGAUUGGAAUGGGCCUGUAAGAAAGAUUUGCAAUGCCAGGCUGAAUCCAGAGUACGAUUCGAUAAACUAGAGAGAAAAGCGCCAUUAGUCCUUACAUCCAAAGCGGAACAACAGAUUGUUUGCCAUCAGUUCCAAGAAAUCAACUUCAACGAUUUCGCCAUUAUUCUGGAAAGCUUAAAGUCUACACACGACCAAAAUGUUCGAAGUCACUUGAUUGAAGCUCUUGCUUGCGCCGAGAACGAAAUUUUUAUCGUCGAGUAUCUAAACACUAUCAAUACAAACUACUUUGAAUAUAGCGAAAAACUGCGAGCAAUUCAGGCAAUCUAUCAAAAAUCUUUGAACGGACUCAACGCGGUAUUGGACCUAUUUGACAAAUCAUCACCACUGUUGGAGAAAAUAACACAAAACCGCCGCGAGUUUCUCGCUCUAUUGGCGAACUUGGCAGAGUACACGGUUGAAUCGAAGUCGGUCGCAAAGCUAACGAAAUUCAUUCAAAAGGUGGCGCCCGCUCUGCUGCCUACGAUAGAAGCUGCGCUACAAUUCAAUCAGAGAUGGGUACAACGGAACGCAAUCAUCGUUUCGGAUAUGCUGAAUAACCCGCCUAGCGUGGAGUUUGAUGAUGUUCGGUCGAUGCAUGAGAGCGGAUUAGUCCAGCUUUGUCGGGCAGCAAACGCGCAUAUUUUUGAAAUGGGUUAUAAAGUUAUAUAUUUAAUAGUCGCGAUUCUAUGUUUAACGGGUGGUACAUGUUUCGAAAGCUUUAGGUUGCCCAAUAACACGAUACCUACACACUACAAUCUGUUUAUUGAUACCAAUAUUCAUGAAGGCAUAUUAGAAUAUAACGGAACUGUUGAAAUCCACAUUAAAGUGUUAGAAAAUACAAAACAAAUUGUAUUGCAUAGUUCAAGGAGUACACUUGUUGAUAUCAGUCUGAAAAAUAGUGAACAUGUGUCCAUCAAAAUUGUGAAUUUUGAGUUCGAGAAGGAACGAGAAUUUCUCAUUUUGAAUACUGCUUCUAUGCUAACGGAAGGAAGCACGUUGUGGUUGAAAAUCGACUUUAUAAACAGUAUCGAUCGAGGUGAUCGUUCUGGGUUUUACCGGACAACCUACAACGAUGAUGAUGGUGUGCUAAAAUAUGCAGGAAUUACUCAGUUCCAGGCAUGUGAGGCAAGGUCUUCUUUCUCCUGCUACGAUGAACCUGGAAUCAAGGCUACUUUUGACGUACGAAUUACCUGUGGAGUAGAUUAUCACGCUAGAUCGAAUGCCGAUAUAGCUGGUAUCUCAAUACUACCUGGUGGAAAAAAGCUUGUCACUUUUCAGCGAAGUCCGGCAAUGCAAACGUAUCUACUUGCUUUCCUAGUAUCGGAUUUUGCAGUGCAGCGAGACUUUGCCAAUUCUUUCAAAAAGAUAACCGUUCAAUCAAUGGCUCGACCGACAUACGCUGAUCAAUUGGAAUACUCUCUUGAUGCAUCCAUCAAGCUCAUAAACGAGCUGCAAACAUACUUUGAUCACCCAUAUGAAAUGAAGAAAAUUGACAGUGUUGGAAUUCGUAACAUCGACUUCUCCGCUGGUGCAAUGGAAAACUGGGGUUUAGUUACAUACUUGGAGUCAUAUUUCUUGAUCAGCGAAACGUCAUCGGAGAGUAGUAAAAGAGGUGUAGCUACUGUUAUAGCACACGAAUUUACUCAUCAAUUUUUUGGGAACCUGUUGGCUCCGAAAUGGUGGUCAUAUCUUUGGCUUAACGAAGGAUUCGCAACGCUGUACGAGUAUUAUUUGAGUGAUCGUACGCAUCCUGAACUACAGAUAAAAAAUCGAUUUCCAGGUUCUGCACUUCAAGCAGCUCUUCAAAUAGAUGGUAGUGCAACGAUACGACCGAUGACGCACUAUGUGGAAACAGUACCCGAAAUUGAUAGGCUCUUUGAUACAAUUGCUUAUGAUAAAUCUGGAAGUGUGCUCAGAAUGAUGCACUACGCACUGGGUGAGCAAACUUUUCUAAAAGGAUUGCGAUAUUACAUCAAAGAAUACCAAAACUCCGUCGUCGAGCCUCAAAAUCUAUUUGAUAAUCUCCAGAAAGCUGCGAUCGAGGACAGAGUACUUCCACCCAAUUCUACAAUGACAAAGAUUCUUGGAUCUUGGUCUGAGCAACCGGGUGCUCCAGUAAUACAAGUUGAACGAAUACCAGACAGUGAAGACAUCAUUUUCAGGCAAACACGAUAUUUUUCAACUGCACAAUCUACAGAAAAUGAUCAGACUUGGUGGAUUCCAAUAUUCGUUUAUACAAACAAGUCUGAAGGCGCAUACGAGCAAACUCCUCUUUUCUGGUUGCCACAAGGAUCUAAGGAAAUUGUUAAAAGCAUUCCGAUUCAAGAUGAUGAUAUAAUAAUCGUAAAUCCUGCUCAAAAAGGGUACUACCGCGUAAAUUAUGAUCCUCAAAUGUGGAAACAUUUGGUAUCAACACUGCAUUCCAAACCGGAAAAAAUAGAUCUAUUAACCAGAGGCCAACUGAUUGAUGACUCUAUGAAUCUAGCUCACGCAGGUCAACUGAAUCAUGAGACCAGUUUUCAAAUUCUAGACCAUCUACGAAAUAGUAGUGAGUUUCUACCGUGGCAAUCUGCGUACCGUAACUUGAUCCGUUUAGAGAAAAUGCUCACCCCUGAUCGGGAUGCAUUGGAUCUAUUUCGUCAGUAUCUACGCAUUUUAACGAAAACUUUAAUGGAAACAUACGGAAGAGAGGAACGCAAAGGCGAACAUCCAAACGAUCAUGACGCACGGGUGAUCGCCAUCGAUCUUUCCUGUAGAUCGGGACUAGAAAAGUGUAUUGAUUAUGCCAAGAGGAAAAUGAAUAUCGCACAGCAACGAUCGAAUUUGUUGGUAAUACAGUCUGAAACCGAAAAACAGUGGUAUUGUAACGGUUUGAGGAACGCUCGACAAGCCGAAGUGCAAUUUUUCAAAGAGGCCCUAAAAGUAGAAAAGGACUCGCUAGGCAGGGUCUAUCUAAGUAAUUCUCUUGCAUGUGUUGGCAAUCGGGCAUUACUAGAACAGGUAAUGGAACUGCUAGCAGAAGAUGCUGCUAACAAUGCGGAGUUAACGAAGUUUUUAUCUACUGCCAUAUUAUACAGUGAGGUAGGAUUAGAAGCAUCUCUCGCUUUCCUGUACAAAAAAGUCGAGCAAAUAGAUGAACUGAUUGGAAACAGGCGAAAAGUGGAAAAGCUGCUCUGCAAAAUCGCGAACGAAAUCGUAGAUCGUCCCAGCGCAGUGCAGUUACUCCAAUUAGCGAAAAUGCUGCACAUCUCGAGUGACCUUGAACAGACCAUCAAAGUCCAACUAGACGAACAAAUACGUUGGCAGGAGCGGAACGUGGGUUUGGUUCACGAGGCUUUAAAAAAAUAUCUCUAAUAACGCGGCAAUAAAGCUAAUGGAAACUGCGGCGAGUAUCAAUCGA